AUGGCUGAGCUCCCAGCAGGCGUCCAGGAUUCGUCAUACGUUGUUUCUCUCGUCUCUCAGAACCAGAUCGCCAGCCAAGAUGUGCACCUGUGCACAUCAAAUGAUUAUCCUCGUGAUCUGACUGUGGAGGGUGCACCAACAACACUUAGUGUCGCAAAACACAGCUCCAACGUCACAUUUACGGGCCUUGGAUUUCAAGCAACUGUUCCUUCAUUCAUUGACAAUGCUAUCGCCUCCCCGGCAGCAGCCCUCCGGAGAUCAUAG